AUGUCGAGCCGCAAAAGAAAGCGAGUUAAAUUUCAAAAACAAAUAAAUGAGGCAAAUUUUUAUGAAGAAGUUGAAGAAAAGUCAUCAACUCGUAAAGCUCCAAGAACUCGUAGUAGAAAAGAAGUUAAUAAUAUUAAAAACCCGGUUAUAGUAGGACGUAAAACUCGUGAGAAAGAAGUCAAGGAUAGACAAAUGGUAGUAAAAGUUAAUAUAAAUAAUAAUGAAAUUCCAAAAACCCGUGGGAAAGGAGCACGAUUGAAGAAAAAUAAUAUCCAGGAUGAACACGAGGAUUAUGAAGAAAAUGAUAUUAAAGAUGAAGAUGAUGAAGAAUAUCGAUUAGAAGAUGAUGAAAACGAUGACGAAGAAGAAGAAUAUAUAGAUGAUGAACAAGAGCAUUAUUCAGAUUCAUCAUCAGAAUUAAUUGCGCACAAAAAGCCAUAUUACGGAGGUCGUAAAAAACUUCCGCAACGUGCUGCAACUACACAAAAAAUUGAUUAUUCUGUUAAUCAUUAUUAUCAUGAUUUUCAAGAUUAUUUCUUUACCAGAUUAGAUGAUGAUGAUUAUAACGACGAACCUAAAAGGAAAAAAUCUUUGUCUAUGCCAACAAGAAAAAGAUCUUCUGAUAAUGAUUAUUCUGAUAUUUCAUCUCAAGAUGAAAAAAAUCUCAAAUCUACUCCUAAGAGAACUCGCAGAAAAAAGUUACCUCAACGUGGAUCAAAAGAAAAAAACAUUGAUUAUUCCGAAAAUAAAUAUUACAGGCAAUUUGAUUCUGCUAUGAAUGCUAAGUUUUGGUCGGAUAAAUUAUCAAAUGACGAAAACAAUGCAAGUGAUACUGAUAAAAAUCGUAGUAAUAGUAACAAGAAAAGCCAAAUAUCAUUUGCUAUACCAAGUACACCUACAUCUAAUAAAACUAGUUGA